GGUCUAUUUGUAAACAAGCGCAGAACUUUCGUAUUUUCAAUUACACCAUAAAAGUUAUACUUGAAAGGUAGUCGAGUUACUUUUAAGGUUGUAAAGUUACAUAAAAGGUGGAAAAUAAGUUAAUUAUGGACACAGUUCGAAAAUCACUUUUAGUUUCAGUGCGGAAACUUAACCAUUUUUCAUCUGUUUCUCGCUGUGUUGGAACACAAACAAAACCAAGCCAGGAUGACGAAAUACCAGACGGGCGGUCAUUCCAAGCCAAUGACACGAUGGUGUACCGAACCCACCGGCCUCAGGCCAAACCCAGCAAGGACACCCUCAGCUUCGGCACCACCUUUUCAGACCACAUGCUGACCGUAGAAUGGGAGGGUCAGUGGUCAACACCAGUAAUAUCUCCACUAAAGAAUCUUUCGUUACAUCCGGCAGCCAAAACGCUCCAGUACUGCACACAGGUAUUUGAAGGAAUGAAGGCAUUCCGUGGUUACGAUGAUAAGGUUAGGCUUUUCCGGCCAAUGAACAAUAUGGAAAGAAUGGUCAAAUCUGCCGAGAGGGCAGGGCUUCCGACAUUUGACCCCGAGGAGCUUCUUGGCUGUGUGAUGAAACUGUUGAGCUUGGACAAGUCUUGGGUCCCGAGGGCUACACCAGAUAUGCCCUACUCCGCCUACCUGCGACCAACUAUGAUUGGUACAGAGCCGGCCUUAGGAAUAGAUAGACCAGCCUCAUGCCUGCUCUACGUCAUCGCUGGGCCAGUUGGCCCUUAUUUUAAGACGGGAAUGAAGCCAGUUUCCCUCUUGGCGGACCCAAAAUACGUCAGAGCUUGGCCUGGGGGCUCAGGCAUGUACAAGAUGGGAGCAAACUACGCCCCGACUAUAAACAUCCAGAAGGCGGCGCUACAAGCGGGUUGCCAACAGGUGCUAUGGUUACACGGGGAUGAACAGGAAAUCACGGAGGCAGGAACGAUGAACCUAUUCCUUUACUGGAUAAACACCGAUGGAGAGAAGGAGCUAGUUACAGCGCCCCUGAAUGGAAUAAUAUUACCGGGAGUCACUCGUCAAUCUGUGCUUGACUUAGCGAACCAAUGGGGUGAAUUUAAGGUGACAGAGCGAUCAGUUACUAUGGCGGAAUUGGUGAAAGGAAUAGAGGAAAAUCGAGUAAUAGAGAUGUUCGGGUCAGGUACGGCGGUGUCCAUCUGUCCAGUCGGAAAAAUCAAGUACUGUGACCAGUGGUAUACUGUGUCCAACCAACAGAAGCAGGCCACAAGGUUGUUCGGACAACUGACCGCCAUACAGUAUGGAGAGUGCCCGAGCGACUGGGCAGUAGAAGUCGAUUGACCACUUGAAAGAGUGACGUGAUCCCUUUCAAAGGCAGCUGCACCGUUAUGGACGGUCUUAACAACGUCACUUCCGGAUUCAUCCAGCUAAGUGACGGUGUAUCACGUGAUUGUAAAAACACACGUGCUCAAGGAAGCUAACGAUCUAAUCUACAUGGCUCUCAGUUUCAAUGUAGAUAUGCACCUAAAUUACUUAAGGAUACUUUUGGAAACUUGUUUUUCACGAGAGUACCAUACUUAGCACGGCAUUGGCGGACUGUCCAGAUACUUGACGCCUGCUACAACACAUUCUUAUAAUGUAAUCUGCAUCAUGUAUGGAGUUUAUCAUUUUGAUUUAUUAUUUUACUCACGUGGGGAUGUUUAUGACUUAAUAUGGUUAUAGCUGUAGUAAAUGGCUUGAAAAUAUACAAAAUAUGUUUUAAAGUCAUCAUUUGCGGGUUCGUUUAAAUGUAUUUAAUCCAUUUUGAAGUUGUUGAUUUUGUUAAUGUUAUAUUUAUUACGAUUUGUCAAAAGUUAUUUAUUUUGUAAUAAAUAUUUUUACCAUA